CAUGGCGAGCUUCACACCCGACGCCAACUUUUCGCCACAGAGCAACCCAAAGGACUGGGCCUACCACCUCGGGUGUAUGCCGCAGGGAGCCCACGUCGUCUUCACAAAGGCCGGCCUCGUCGACUUUCUCAAGACGCACGGCAUCGAUGUGGGACCCAACUUUACCGAGCUGAGCAGAGUGCCCAAGUACGCGACCGUGGGCCGCUUUGACAAGGAUCCCGCUUCGGUCGGUGCUGCUCCUGCGCCUGCUGCAGCUCCCGUGGCAGCCGCAGCUGCUGCCCCUGCUCCGGUCGCUGCCCCUGCUCCUGCCGUGGAGCCAGCACCGACACAGCAGCAGCAGGUGCUGACGCCCGACGGAGACGUCUUCCGGCCCACGCGUCGCGUGCGCGAGCCCGUCGGCGGCGGCUCCGCCCAGAUCGGCGCCAUCUUUGGCGGCGGCGACGACAACACCGACGAGGCGGCAAAGGAGAGUGCCCGGCGAAGAGGCCUCGUCCCUGCCCCUGCCCCUGCUCCUGCUCCCACUACCUUUCCUCAAGACCCAGCUCCGAGCCAGCCGGCUCCGGCAGCCGCCCCUGCGUUCAGUGCCGACGAGACGACGAACACCUUUAGGCCCACUAGGCGCGUGCGUGAGCCCGGCGGAACGGGCGGUGUAUCCAGCAUCACACUCGGCUAGACUGCGCAUCACAGGAUGCACUUCUUUUCCCACACGAUACCUCUGACAAUCACAGACAUCUUCCACGGGCGAAUCGUGACGUGAAUAUUCAUACAUUUCAGCCCUG